AUGGAAGAAACAUUUUUUAGCAUCAUCCCCAAAGAGAUUAUCGCGAUCGUUCAGAAGAAUAUCGAGUUGGAUAAUGCCAAAGAAAGGCCGAACGACACUCUGGGGGCCGAUCAGAAGAGGGCUGCGGACCUGUCUGAAGUGGUCAGGAAGCGGACGCUCGAUGCCUUCAAGGCGUCGGUUGAGCUCCAAGGGUUGCCCGUGCUGAAGAAGCGCAAAUUAAGGUAA